CCAAGCCCGACUCCGCUGAUCCCCUCACCACGCAACCCUCGCCGGAUCCCGGCAUGCCGUCGUGGAAGCCUCUCGCUGGCGGCAAGCUCAAGAAGCCGCUCACUGACAAGCAGCGCGCUGCCGCGGAGCAGCGCCUGUCCCACCUCCGCGCCCACCUCAUCCUGCGCUCCCUCGACUCCCCAGCUGGCGGGGCCCGUUCCCUACCGCCGCCGCAGGAGGCGGCGCUCGAUGCCCUCGGCCUGCUCAUUUUUUUCCGCCUCGACCUGCAGUCCGGCGCCCCGCGCCCCGACCUCAUCGCUCCGCUCGUCGCCUACUACGACCGUGUCUGCAAGCGCAGCUUCGUCCGCGGCGUCCGUGUCGGCGUCUCGCGCCACCACAUCAUCCGCGCGCUCUGCCUACCCUCGAAGCCCGCCUCUGCGGCGCCGGCCCCAGCAGACGUCGAUCCCGCAGCGGUGGUCGCUGCCGUUAUGCAGCUCCUUCAGGAUUAUGUCCUGCUCCCGUUCCAGGGGGACGACAGGUGCAUACUACCGCAGCAGGUGGCUGCCGCAGAGCAGAUGGUCAGGGAGGGGGCGGCGCAUAGGGUUGAUUGGGGAGAGCUGAUCUGGGGCCUCGUCGAGAAGGAGAUGCUCGAGCUGCCCAAGAGGGAAGACUGGGUGUGCUACUACGGGCCGCACCUACAGCGGCUCAUUUAUGCCCAAAAGCCACAUCUGUUGGAGCUGGUGGAGGAAGGGCCUGUUCAGGAGCCGUCUGCUAAUGUGGAUUUGAAAAGGAAGAGCAUGGUGGAGCUGGAGCAAGGGGAUGGGGAUAGAGAAGCGGGUAACAAUGUCAAAAGCAAGAGCUUGAAUGAUUCAGAAUCGGGGAAGGCUGGUGCAAGGAAUGAUGGUUUGGACGAGUUGGAGUUGGCUGAUGCUGUUACGAGGAACAAGGUCAUGGGGGAGUUCGGUUUAGGGGAUGUAGAUGCUAGGAAGAACAGCAUAGUGAAACUAGAGGUUGUCGACGAAGAUGCAAGGUGCAAGUGCUUGAAUGAAAUUCAGGCUGUGGAUGCUAUCAACAACAAUAUAGUUGAAUUGGAUGCGGCCAAUGAAGAUGCAAGGUGUAAAAGCUUGAAUGAUGAAUCAGAGCCAGUGGAAGAGGAUGUUAAGGGUCCAAGCUUCGAUGACAUGAACACCGUGGAUGAGCACGUCGAUGGCACAAACACGGAUGGAUCAUGUUUGGGAUUUGUGGCAGUUGAAGCGGUGCCUGCUGUAAAUGUAGAGCCUGACGUUGUUCCAGAUUAUCCAGUCAUCCCAACUGCUUCACCAACAAACAUAAAGAGGUUGAAGACGUUCCACAAACCUAGUACUAACACGAAAUCAAACAUUGGUCAAAAUUUUUCUAGGUUGCUAGAAGAACACCCGAAAAUAGCAUAUGAUAUUUGCAAUGGUCCAAUAAAUAUGUACAAGUGUACUAAGAAACUUUUGGAGUGUGGUUUCACAGGCAAAGUACUUCACAUUGCAAUCAAAAUACUAAAAGAAGAUUGGGAAGCUCGUCAGAUAUUCAUGGCAUUAGAUAGAUCUGAAUCUGUAACCUUUAUUUCCAAUGCCGUUGGCGAUUAUAGCUAGAUGAUGUUGUAUGGAUGUUGAAUAAUGUGAACAAUAAUGUAGUGAACAUGAACUCUGAGUUAUGAACUAUUAAGUGAUUG